CAGGCUCCUUCAUCAAAGCAGCUCCUUCCAGUGGCCAAAUAGCGCCUGUCAAUAAAGAGAGGUGGCCGCAGGGGGAAUUUGCAAGGAACGAGGUGGCAGGAAAAGCGGGAGCCUAAUUGAUUUGAAGUCCCCAGCCCAGCAGCAAAUAGCAAUAAUAAUUAUACGCGCGCUCUGGCAGAGGGAAGCAGAGGAGGAGAGAGGAAGCGGCCGCGAAUCAUGGCCCCCGAGCAUGGUAGCCUGCAGCAGCCAUGUGGCCGGCUUCGGGGGUAGAGUGCCUGGACAAGGCGGGCCGCUCACCUUCUUCCAAGGCUCUAGAGUCAGAGCCUGGCACCUCCUGUUUCGUCUUUGAGGGGACCCCUGUCCCCGGCUUCUACAUGCCCCCGCACCUUGCCACCCAGGCCUCUUUACAGCCAGCAAUCAGGUGACACCCCAUUUCACCUCGGGAUCCUCCGGCCAUCGGACGGGGUUUCGCGGCCUUCCUGCCGGCCCUUCUGCCACAGGGGAUUAAAAAUGACCGCCUUGGUUGACCUUUGGAAGAGGAAAGAUGGCUUUGGCCCGGUGACAUCUGGCAGGUGAGGAAAGGGGCUUUUGGGAAGUGGCGGGAAAAGGAAGGUUAGCAUCUCCCUUGGAAAGAAAAGGCAGAGGGGACUGAGUUUCAAUGAUUUUAUUUUAGCAAAGGUCUUUUGAUUCAUAGUUUGCCCAGAAAGGAUCGGUGGUUCCUUUUCUUGCAAUUUGUUGUUGUUGUUGUUAAACAAAAACCCAUUCUUACUCUUGUGGUACACAGGUCUGAAUUUUUUUUCUUAGACUGAAUAGCUUGUAUGUUUUUAUGGCAAUUUUUUUACUGUAUCAUCAGUCCAGAAUAAGGAUGUCUAGUAGCGCAAUUAAUAUUGAGACUAUUCUCCCUCCAAUUGCCCUUUUUGUGUGGGGAACUUUUUGUUCCUGAUGAAUUCUUAGUCUCUUCUCACCACCACCCCUUACUGCCUGACUGUUGAUCCCACUGCUAAAAUCUAAUUUAAGAAAAGAAAUGGCAUCUGUAAGGCCCGGAAAACAUAACUGCAGAAUGGAAUUUUCACAGCAAUCCGAAAAUACAUUUACAAGCCAAAUAGAUUUUGCAUUGAAAUCCAAAUCUAGUUCUGUAUAGUAACUAGAGUGGCAUCCGUCGAGCAGCGCUGAUCUGUCACAGGGUCCUCCUUCAUUUUUCUAUAUGGCAAUUACAGUUAAAUAAUCACCACUAAUCAAUAGGUUUGAAACUUCCACCUGCACUCCCGUUUGAAUUUCAAAGAUUCCUGUGAUCUCUGUGCUUAUCUUGGAAAUUAUCACUGUUGUUAUUUAAGCUGCUGUGAUAUCAUUCGUUUGCUCGGCAAUUGCAUCUCUUAUCGUGCCUCAUCACCCACCAUGAUUUCCUACCGGAGUGCAAUUUGUAACAAAAUUGAGCGAUUAUGACUUCUUGCUUCACGUUUCGAAGACCAAAUUCAAUGCUGUGGCUCAUUCGUGUUUUCUACUAGAUUGACACAGCACUUUUUUAUCUACAAUUCCCUGCUCUUCUUCAUACAGAAGAUGAACUCACAUGCCGUACAGUCAUCUCUGUAAACAUGUAAAAUAGUCAUCUAUGUAAAAUGAAAAGAAAAGUGUGUGAUAUAUUGUUAAUGACAUGCACAGAUUUUUUUCAAUUUUUAUUUUUCUUGAUAUGAUACAACACUGUAAUGGCAUCGGCAUUUUAAAAAUAAGAGAUGCAUUUUCUCCCCUGGAUUAACAGUUGUUGCAGUAUGGGCCUCUUCAGACAUUACAUACUUCCUCAACGGCAAACACUUCCAUGUAGGAAAAUUGUGCGCGUGUGUGAAAAUUGUGUUUAGAUUGUUGUGUGUGACAAUUGCACACGUGCCUGUCUCACAGUGAGCACACAUGCGGGAGGUCUUGGCUCCCAAUGCAUGUAUUUCCCACUGCAUGUGAAAUGGUCUCAUACUGAACUGCCACAUGCAUGACAAAUAUUUUGUGCUUUCCACACACACAUACCCCCCCCCCCAAAUGCUGGAAAUGCAUUGAUCCUGGAAACGAUGCAGAGUCAGCGAGCUUUAUCUUUACAAACAUUCCUCUCUUCAGGAAAAAUAUAAUUUACUUAUAAUUAUAUAUACAAUAUAAGUAUGUAUAAUCUCCCCUUCAUUACAUCAGUAGUCGUAGGGCAGUUUCUAACCUCUGUUAAAAAUACAUUUAAAUAUAACUACCAACCAAAAGCAAAACCCAGCUGCAGCAGUCGAGAGCAAUAACAAUAUUUAUUAUGUAUAUAUGCAUUCAUUAUUAAAAAAUUAUACACAUCCACAUAAUAUCAUAUACAAAAACAAUAUAUAGUAUCUAUCUUUUAAUUACGGUACUUGUGACAAACAUUGGGGCCACAGUAGGGUUUUGUUAAGGACACCAAUUUAAAUUGGCUUUAAGUCCUCCUAACUCUGUGCUGUUUUGCGGGCGCAGUGUAUUUAUUUAUAAGAUGUAUGAAUAUGCCAAUGCAUGUGUUAAGAAAACCGAAGGCAGGAAGUUAGCGUGGUAAUAUAACAUUUUUACGAUAAAGCAAUAAUCCAGAAUCCUGUUAACCUGAAAUAUUUGGAUUUAAGUUAGUUUCUGUUUCAUUGAAAGUCAAUGUAACUAAUUUGCGGCAAACGAAGAAACAAUUGAUUAAAGUAAGUCAUGGAUUGGCUGUAUUAGGUUUAACCAGUACAGUAUACAGUAUACUCAUUUAAAGUGGAUUUUUUCCUUCAACGGAGGGAAUAAAAAGAUGAAUAAAUGCCCUGAACUUGUGGCUGUUCAAUGAGCUCUGCUUCUCAAUUUUAGACACCGUAUACUUUGUUGUCCUUCUUUCUUGUGCUGUCCUCCAGUUUUAGGGGGAAAUAUUGAAGGCAAAAUGAAAACAUGUGACAGUCGACGUCUCCGACUUGUAAAUCACAGAACUGUGGUUUGUUUUUUGGUUUUUUAAGCAGCCUGUGUUUUAAAAGUCUGGUGCGUACGAGUUGAAAGUAGCUCGUAAUUUUUGUCUGUGUGCAUGCAUAACAAUGGCUUUGAAAAGGCCUCAGAUGUUGCUGAUUGGGACGCCAAACCCUCCUGAUGACAUUUGCAAAACCAUUUCCUCUAUUUCUCAAACAUUUUUAUCGCCUGACACUCAAACAAAGGACUGUGGCAGCCACUCAGAAUAAGCAUUGUUGCCAUUUUAUCUCCCUUAGCUCAGUUACCUGCGUUGCAAAAUAUCAUCCCAUCCUAUCUCAGUCAUGAUUCUUAAUCCAACAUUUUGUAUGGGGAGUCCAAGUGAGCCAGGCAUCUGAGGGGUGCCAGGCCUUGUGGACGGAUAUGUUUUUAAAGCCCUGAAUAUGAUGGCAUUUUCCUGAGCAGGAAUUCACUUUGUAAUCAGAGCAGUUUCAUAAUCUAUUCAGAAAAAGGACAACAAUUAAAAAAAACCUGUUCCCAAGUCAAUUACUAUUAUCAAUCAAAGCAUUUGCAAAUUUCCUUAUUCACAGGUGUGCACCACCUGGCUCAUAUUUGCAUGUUUAAAUUUGGACUCGGUUCUCUGCAGAUUUUGACCACUGUGCAUUGUUUCUAGCCGAAAGGGCGACAUGAGGGAGAUUCUGUGAGGCGGGAAAACAUAACGGAGAGUCGAGUAGUUAUUUGGGCCCUUAGAGAAGAAUUCCUCCUCUCAAUGCACUGGGCAAGUUCUGACUACGCAUUUGCAGUUGGUCUUCACAACCAGGGAGUCAAAGCAUUACAAAAUGGGCUUACUUCUUGUGCAGGUACACCAGCAUAUUUCCAACUCUCUGUUUUGAGUCCGAUCUACCUAUAGAUUGGAGAUCCCUUCCAACCACACAAUUUGAGGAUUCUACAACUUCCACAGCUCUUAUCUGGCAUAUUUGGCCAUUAGCAGAUAGAAUGAGCAUUUCAGCAGCAUUCCGUUGCUUCCUGUCCUCGCUGGUAGGCAGAGCUUGAGAGAACUUCUCUUCCUCUUUCAUAACAGAAUACAGAGGGUCAGCAGAGCCAGCCCUGUCAUUUGACAAAGUGAAUUGGAUGCUUCAGGCAGCACAUGCUUGGGGUCAGAGGAGCAAAGGCAAAGACUUUGAGGGCAGAGUUUUGUGAGUUGUCAAAUGCCCUGCCCUUUCCUGCUACCCUGCUGCCAUGAGACCGCCGGGUAUAGGGCGCUAUAUAAAUUCAAUAAAAAUAAAUUUUAAAAAAUUGCUUGUAGGUCUGGUGGAAGAUUCCCACAGGCUUCUGGUUGGCCACCGUGAGAACAGGAUGCUGGACUAGAUGGGCCAUUGACCUGAUCCUGCAGGCUCCUCUUACGUUCUUAAGAUCAGAAGGUCAGCGGUUUGAAUCCCCGCGAUGGGGUGAGCUCCCGUUGCUCUGUCCCUGCUCCUGCCAACCUAGCAGUUCGAAAACACGUCAAAGUGCAAGUAGAUAAAUAGGUACCGCUCCGGCGGGAAGGUAAACAGUGUUUCCGUGUGCUGCUCUGGUUCGCCAGAAGCGGCUUAGUCAUGCUGGCCACAUGACCCAAAAAAGCUGUCUGCGGACAAACGCCGGCCUUUGAGAGACACUGUUUCGUUCUUCCCCUCAGCUCCAAAAUAACCUUGACCCUGCUGGCGACAUUGAUGGGCAGAGGGUUCAGAACUAAUGGAAGGGUAGUCCUUUUUCAUGCACAAUGUGUAUCAGAGUUAUGGAACCGCAAGAUAUGGCGAUACCACUCAUUUGAACACAGCUAGGCAGAAAUGUGGGUUGCCCUCUCUGCCAUUAUUAGCAGCCAUUGAAAACAUCACAUUCAGCGAAAGGGAGAGUAGACCUCUGGCUACAGAAGAGCAGGCUAAUGCGUGCCUUGUUUUCACUUCCAUGCCUCACCGGUAAGUUUCCAGAGAUACCAGGUCUUAUCUGCCCAGGGUCUCUGGUGUGUUCUCCUUUUUAUUCUGUGUUGAGCUUCAUUGAUAAGCCCGUCCAGGCAGGGCUGUGGCAUUUGUGGGCUUGCUGUGGCCAAGCACCCCUCAUCUCUUACAGCAGUAAUUCAAGGCUGUCGUCCAAACCACACAGACCUUCCCGAUUUGAAAUGGGAGCUGCAUCUCUGGGGGAAAGCGGUUCCCGGAAGACAAGCCCCAGGAGAGAACAGCCACGUGCCCGCUUUCCGCAGUGAACGGCAGGCUCUGCCUCACAUUUCACGUGUGCCUCAUAGGGCAGCCGACGGGUGCAAGCAAUUGGUUUUGCUACCCCCAUGCACAGCCUGAACUGGGGAGAAUCUCCUUGUGCUGGAGAGCAAGAUAAAUGUAGGAGGCAGGCAGGAAGAUUAUCAGUGCUGAGACAACUUCUCUGGACCCUCCCUUUUCUAACGGUUUCCUGGACUAAGCCUUUAUUUUUUUUUUUGCAUGCCCUCUCGAGGGUUGGAGGAGAGAGGCAGUUUCUUACCAACCUCCAGAGACACCCCCUCCCUGGCGCUAUUGAUGACUGAGUCGCUUAUUCUGAACCAGCUACUGUGUUUUUCUGUUUAGGGGCUCGGUUCCUGAUUCUGGGUGCUUCCAGAGGGGCGUUUGUUGUCGACGGGUGCUUGUCACACAUGCAUUCAUUUACAGCAUCCACACAGCAUCCUUGGCACUGAAAUAUCAGCUCAUAUUCCCCUGCUCCAUCUCAAUUUAACCUGAUUUUUUACCCUUUCAAGGAAAAAUCCUAAGGGGGUGUGUGUGUGUAUAAAAACACAUCGCCAUCAACCUGGUUGCAAUAGCUGAGUGACCUGUUUCACGAUACUAUUAUCCCUUCGGGAAUAACCUUCAUGGAAAAUGUCUGACCAAUCGUAUUUUAUUUUUGGAAUUUUUUAAAAUGAUAUCUAGGAAAAAAGGGAAUAGCCUUCAGGCUGAGUUUCGAUUUCAGUGAGCAGGAGGGCAGGGGGAAGACUCUCUGAUGCAGUUACGAGUUUAGGUCCAAAUUCAGUUCUUCUCCUGCUUAACAAUCGUGAGGGCUAGGGACACAUAUACUUUAAAAAUAAAUAAUUAAGGUUGAGGUUUUCAGGAAUUAAAGUAGACCAGGAAUGUUCCCAUACUUCCAUUAUUGUCCCAAGACAGUUCCCUCAACCUCUGCAGCUAUUGCACAAGAAAUGGGAAUUCCAUUAAUGGUCUGGAGACAGAGCAAAACUGCAAAUAGUGAGUCAUCUAUUCCAACCCCCUGCAAUGGUGUACCAUGGGGGGAGACUGCUGGAGUGAUUGCCCCGGGUGCAAAAAUCUUUCAGGGUGCAUCUCUGCGGUUGCUGCCCCAUCCCUCCCUCCCACCAACCUCACCUGAGCAGCACACCGAGCAGGAGCUGGGAGAGGACGGGCCCUUGCUUUCCCCCAGCCACAUGGCGAGACUCGUGGCCAUGGUAGUGGUGGUGCCCCGGCCUAAGGAGGUGCACACACAUGUCCCACUGCUACAUUGCAACUCUGUUUGGCAGCAGCAGCAGAGCUGCAUGUAGGUGCUGGUUUAUGACACAAUACUUGCCUUGGGAGGUGCAAUAUUUUCCUUGCACUGGGUGCUGGCAUCCCACGCUACGUCACUGACCCCUGCAAUGCAGGAAGCGCAGCUAAAAGAUGGCCAGCCAAACAUGGUCAAAUGUCUUUCUUGGGAAACUGGAGGGAAUCCCUAAGUGCACAUUACAAGAAUGAGAGGCAGAGGGAAUGGGAGCAGGGAUGAGAGACAGGCUCUCAUUCCCAGGCAGACUUGCACCCUUGCCCCCCCCCUCAAUAAAUUAACCAGCAGGGUUUCUGACAAACCUGUGAGAGCCUUGGAAUUCUGAUUUAUUCCUAAGCGGAGGGAAAACACAACACUCUGCACCCCCAUUCAGCAAGCAAGCAGACAAGCAAUAUGAAGAAGAAAUGUUUGUAAUGCAUGUCACCAUUUUUGUAGCUUGAUCCUUUUCUCUGGCCUGUUGAACUGAUCCAGGCCAGCCAGCCAUUGCCUGACUGAAGUUCAGGGGCCUUAAAUCAAUCAUAGGCAAACUCGGCCCUCCAGAUGUUUUGGGACUACAACUCCCAUCAUCCCUAGCUAACAGGACCAGUGGUCAGGGACGAUGGGCGUUGUAGUCCCAAAACAUCUGGAGGGCCGAGUUUGCCUAUGCCUACCUUAAAUAUAUAAAUGCAUUGGGGAGAAAACGGUUUUCCAGAAACCCAGACCUGCUCCCCCCAUUUCUUGGCUGAGCAUGGAAGCACAGGAAUAACCCCCUCCCCCAGAACAGAACAUUAAAGUAACUCACACAAGGCUGUGGCCAACCUCCCACCCACUGCCUGUGGCUCAGAGCAUGACCGCAUUUACGAUUAUCUGCUGAGAACGUCUACCUCAAUCGAACCACACCAUCUCUCCGUGACAGCUGGGGAUUCCCCACACAUCAGAUUUUCAUAGACACCUGUGAUAAAAGCCCUCAGAGAAUCACAGCCAGAGCGAACAGCAAGAUCCAGCAGCUUUUGCUGCCCGCCCCCCCAGAUCACAGGCCCUCCAAGUGUCCCUAUUUUCCAGGGAUGUCCCUAAUUUAGAGAAGUCAUCCUGGUUUCCAAUUUGAUCCUGAAAUGUCUUGCUUUUCCUUAGGAUGUCCCUAUUUUCAUUGGACAAAUGUUGGAGGGUACAUAUGUUGGAAGCUGUUCAAAGAGGUGGGGCAACUCAGUAAGAUGUGUGGGGUAUAAAUAGUAAAAUGUUCACUAUGGAAUGGGAGGUCCCUAUUUUCAUCAGAGAAAUGACCUGAUGGAGAGAAACGGAUGCCAUUUCCUGAUUCAGCAGUGCAAAAAUACCCUAAAUCAGUUGUAGAAAUCUGGACAACAUUUAAAAAGUAAAAAAUUGUUGCCCAGUGUUAUCAAUGCCCUGUGAGCGUCAUUUGGGUGGUUCGUGGCAUUUUCGUGGAUUGAUGGUUGAAGGUGCGAGAUGUAAGGGAGCCCUGGGUGGUUAAGUCCAGUCAAAGGCGACUAUGGGGUGUGGCGCUUAUCUUGCUUCAGGCUGAGGGAGCUGGUGUUUGCCUACAGAUAGUUUUCCGGGUCAUGUGGCCAGAGCCGUAGCUAGGUGAUCUUGUGCCCCUGGCAGAACUGUCCAGAUUGCGCCCCCCAGAAAAUGAGAAAUAAGCCUCUCCUCCCAACCCCCCCCAUUCAAUUCACCCUCUAUUUAAAACCUUUUCUUAUGAGGAAAUAAUCAAUAUUUUUAUUUAUAGACAUAUUUAUGGACAUUUUUUAAACAGUAUUGCACACGCCUCCUUGCCUACGCCCCUGGCGGGGGCCCACUUCACCACCCCCUAGCUAUGGCCCUGCAUGUGGCCAGCAUGACUAAACCGCUUCUGGCACAACAGGACACCGUGAUGAGUGCCAAAGCGCAUGGAAAUGCCAUUUACCUUCCCGCUGCCAUGGUACCUAUUUAUCUACUUGCACUUUGACAUGCUUCUGAACUGAUAGGUUGGCAGGAGCUGGGACCGAGCAACAGGAGCUCACCCCGUCGCGGGGAUUUGAACUGCCAACCUUACGAUCAGCAAGCCCAAGAAGCUCAGUAGUUUAGACCACAGCGCCACCCGCAUCCCUAUGUGAGAUGGCAAAUCCAUUGCAUAAAUAAAACAUUCAUUGAGUUUUAACUGUGUUUUUAUUGCUGCUUUUAUUUAUUGCAUUUCAGUGUACAGUAGUACCUCGGGUUACAGAUGCUUCAGGUUACAGAUGCUUCAGGUUACUGAUGCUUCAGGUUACAGACUCCACUAACCCAGAAAUAUUAUCUCGGGUUAAGAACUUUGCUUCAGGAUGAGAACAGAAAUUGUGCAGUGGCGUGUGGCGGCAGCGGGAGGCCCCAUUAGCUAAAGUGGUGCUUCAAGUUAAAAACAGUUUCAGGUUAAGAACGGACCUCCAGAAUGAAUUAAGUUCUUAACCCGAGGUACCACUGUAUUACAGUUUGAAUUUAAAUGGUAAGACAUUAAAUGCAAUGGGUGGAAUUCAACGUCCCACUAUGAUAAAUCUUCCGCCUGCAAAAGUGUUUCAGCUGGCCGGGAUGAAUAAUCCUCCCUCUCCUCUCUUGUGCGCUGUGCUGUUUCUUUGCCUCUCAUGUCGGGAAGAGUGCAAAAAUCAUGAGGCAUCUAGUGCAGUGCUUUACAAUUGCCACAAUAAGCAGAAGAAGCAUUCAGUGGUCUGCCAAGGCCCUCAGUUAUUUUCAAAUGGUCUGUAUGGAAAAAAACAGUGGGUUUAGAUUAAUGGUUUAUUUGUAAGGACAGACAGGGUUACCACCCAAUGCCUGUGUUGCAGAAGCACCAUUGCCCAAGAUGAGCUAAAGUUCAUUGAUGAAACAUCGGAGUGGUUUUAGCUGGUAACUCUAGGUGGGAAGUAGUGUUCUGUCACUUUCUUACUUGGAUCUAUUCUAUGGUAAAUUAUUUGGCUUUUUCAACCUUCCCCCCACCCACCAAUUAGUUGGGUAGUUUGAGAAAAGUCUGAUGUCAAUCCCUGUUGCAGUUCACCACAGGUUUUUGCUUCUCCUGUCUGAGCCUCCGUGUGGACUCUAGAACCUGGAAUAUGUAUACAGUGGUACCUCGGGUUAAGUACUUAAUUCGUUCUGGAGGUCCGUUCUUAACCUGAAACUGUUUUUAACCUGAAGCACCACUUUAGCUAAUGGGGCCUCCUGCUGCUGCCGUGCCACCGGAGCACGAUUUCUGUUCUCAUCCUGAAGCAAAGUUCUUAACCCAAGGUAAUCUUUCUGGGUUAGCGGAGUCUGUAACCUGAAGCGUAUGUAACCUGAAGCAUAUGUAACCUGAGGUACCACUGUACUUGAGACUUAUAUCAUAUACAGUCGUACCUCGGCUUAGGAACUUAAUCCAUUCUGGAAGUCUGUUCUUAAACCGAAACUGUUCUUAAACCGAGCCACGCUUUCCCUAAUGAGGCCUCCCGCUGCCAAUCCCAUUCCACCAUUCAGCUUCCAUUCUUGGACUGAGGUAGAGUGUGCAAACUACUUCCAGUUUUGUGGAGUUUGUAAACCGAAUAGUUCGUAAACAGGGCUGUUCUUUAACCGAUGGUGAUUCUGGUAAUGCUGAACCAAAUCAGCAUACCGUUGCAAUCUGGUGACUUGCCAAGCUGAAAUUUUGCAGCUAUCCCCUUUCACUGUGUGACAAGGCAAGUGAGAAAGGUCCAAUUUUGUUGUAGUCGAGACAAGUCACCCAGGUCCCUUGCCCUCUAGUCAGGAUUAACAAAGUUCUCUUCUUCCCUUUACAAAAGUGAACUCGUAAAGAUUAUGGGACGUCUCGAAGAAGAGCGGUUAUAGCUUCUCGUUUGGGGAGUAGGAACUGUUUUGGUUGAAACUUGAGAGCGCAUUAUGCUCCCUCCAUCUGAAACACAUUUCUAGAAGUAAAUGUUAACGCUCCAUUAGUGCCGAAAACCCAAAUAUUAAACACUGAAAACUAAAAGUCUGAAAACGAGGAGAAUCUGCUAACAACAUUUACAUAAAUACAUUUCUCCUCCUGCUAACAAACUAGUCUUUGCCAAAAGAACUGGCAUCCCUCGCCACGGCGUUUGUGACUAAAUUUCUGAAAACCAGGCAACUAAGAUUGCAAAUAAUCUGGUUUGCCUCGUCUCCAAAAUUCAAUUGGGUUUGUUAAGCGGCUUAGUUUAGGGGGCGCACCACCCUCCAGCUUCUGCGAUGCCCACAUUUCAUGACUUGUGGGAAUAGCUGGUUGGUUGGUGUGAUUUGAUGUGGUCUUCCUCACUUUCUCUUCUCCCCACAGAUGAGAAGUGAAGAAAAAAUGAUGGAGAAGCUGGAGACCCCUCAGCCGCCGGUUGCCCCAGAACAGCAAAACCCACAGCCACCAGUCUCCCCAAUUGAUAUCCCCUCCCCAGCUACUGGGGGGGAUGAGGCCACCCCAUCGCCCACAAGCCCCACCUCUUCCUCCCCUCCAGCCAAGGGGAGCCCUUCUCCUCCUGAGCCUCCCCCGGCCCCAUUGCCUCACAACGUCCCGGUCAUCAGCCUGAGCUACAGCAGCAAGCCCCCCGCCCACGUCGAGGUCCCCACCACUCAGCUCACUGCCCUGCACCCCAUUCCCAGCCUCUUACAGCUCUCAGCUCUUCCGGCUGGCCCUCCUCCGCCUCCUGUGGCGAAUCUAGCCGGAGUGAGGAGCCCCCUUCUGGCUCCUCAGUACCAGCCUCAGUACCAGCCCUUUCUCAACAGGUAAGUCCUGAGUGGAAAUAAUCAGGUUUGCGGGGUGGGAAGAAAUCCCGGCAAUGGAAAUAGGCCAGCAAUCGGAAUGGGAUUGAAGUUUGAUCCCGUUCACAUUAAAAGGUGAAGCUACUUGGUUUGCGCUUUCUGGAAGAGCACUGAAACGUAGCCGUCCUUCAGAAUUCAUUACUGCUCUAGAUUUUGCAAUGCAAAAUUCUCCAGCACAUAUCAGGGCAAAGUGUGCAUGCGAAUGGGCAGAUUUUGUGAGAAUAACGUAUGAAAAUGCAUUAUAUUGGGCGAAAUUGCCUAGGAAAAUGUACGUAUUACAAGAAAUUCACACCAAAGUGCUGACGAAUUUUCGUGAGAAAUUAUUAUUACCGUCUUGGCCCGAAUAUAAGUUGUACCUUUAAAAUUAAUGGGGGGGGGGAGAAAAAAAGACUAUACCCGAAUAUAAGCCGCUCCCUUAAAAUUCUGCAGGCACUCACACCUGUAAAUGGCAAAUGUAGAAGAAAAUCCUACGGGGACUGGAGAGGACCUGCAAGUGGUUUAAUGCAAAUAAAAAAAUUAAUACUGCACUGUAAAAUACAGGGAAAGUGAUGGAUGACAUUAGAAUUAAUUGCACAACAGUCUCAAGCUCGCAAAUUGGCAAUAAAACAUUUUUUGGUUCCGUUUUACUGUAUGUAUGUUUCAGCAGCGAUACCAUAAAAACCAAAUUUUGUAAGGUCACAAAUUUAUGCCACACUUUAAUUUUUCACAAUCGGAAUUUGGGGGGGGGGGGAACUGUGGCUUAUAUUUGGGCCAAUAUGGUGGUAUUAUUAUUAUUAUUAUUAUUAUUAUUAUUAUUAUUACUACUACUACUACUAUUACUAUUAGUGUUUGUAAAAUUGCAAGCUGAUGUGGAAAUGUAGAAAACUGAAGACUGCAAAAAUUAUAAAUGGACAGAAAACGAAAUUGGCAUAUUUGCCCUUCCCUAAUCAGUCCCAGCCUAGACCAGGGGUUGCCAAACUUUUUGGACCAGUGGGUGUACUUCAAAUUUUUAGAGAGUAUCAGAGGCACCGAGUUGCGCCAACAUGGGGGGGGGGGUAUCGUGCAUGUGUGAUGUUGCACACAUGUGGCACCGGCACGCUGGGCUCCUCAAAGUGUCCAGCCAGAGUGCUAGACCUUCAUCAUACUGGCGCAACCCUGCUGCUGAGGGUCCAGCACUGGCACUCCAGGCUCAUAGAGGAGGUCAACGGUUGGGAAGGCUGACCGUCAGAAGACUCCUCCAUCCCCUCAACAUUGAGGGGGGCCAGCCCCUAGCUAGCCCAGAGGGUUUAAGGGGUCCAAAGAUACCCCAGCCCCCCGGAGAGGACUGUGGGUGCCAGCCACAAAAUGGCUACCAUGGUGGCUAUGCAUGGCACACAGUUAGGGAGAGUGCAGUCAUAGUGAAGCUUUCCCCAUAAUUGUAUUUCCAUACUAGAAAAGGCUUAACCUGUUGAAUUUCUCUCUGCCCCACAGCUGUUCAAGGUACAAGGACCAUGUUUGGUCGAAACCACUGCACAUGUUUUAUUUUACUGCUCAUUUUACACAAAAACUCGCGAUUAAUAUUUAAAUCCCAUGCUGAAGGAAAGGUUAAAUUGCCCCAACCUCUCUGGGGUUUCCUUUCUACUGAACAGUUGUAGGUUUGGGAUUAUGCAGAACGUAGCAAAAUUUAUGAGAGAUGCCGUGAAACUACGUCACUUUGAGACUUGAGAGGCAUUUUUAAAACUUAUUAGGUUUGUAUUAGUUUUACCUUAAAGUAACUCCUUUUAUAGGGACGCGGGUGGCGCUGUGGGUUAAACCACAAAGCCUAGGACUUGCCGAUCAGAAAGUCGGCGGUUCGAAUCCCCACAACGGGGUGAGCUCCCGUUGCUCGGUCCCUGCUCCUGCCAACCUAGCAGUUCGAAAGCACAUCAAAGUGCAAGUAGAUAAAUAGGUACCACUCUGGCGGGAAGGUAAAUGGCAUUUCCGUGCGCUGCUCUGGUUCGCCAGAAGCGGCUUAGUCAUGCUGGCCACAUGACCUGGAAGCUGUACGCCGGCUCCCCCGACCAAUAAAGCGAGAUGAGUGCCGCAACCCCAGAGUCGGCCACGACUGGACCUAAUGUUCAGGGGUCCCUUUACCUUUAACUCCUUUUAUGAACAGAUGCCAAUUUUAUACUUACAUCCUUUGUAUUUUGUGCAUGCCAAUAAAGGAGAUUGAUUGAGAGAAGCCUGUUUGCCCACAAUGCCAACCCUAAACCAAAGCCUAGGCUGCCAUCCUGUACCCAUUUUACCUGGGAGUAAACCCCAUUAACUAGAAGGGAAUUUACUUGUGAGUAGACAUGUAUACCAUUGUACCCGAAGUGAAUUGUUAAUCUGCCUGAUAUUUAUCUCAUGCACAGCAGGAGACAUGCCUAAGCCUCUGAUCAUUUGCCUUUUGGGCCCUCUUAUUUGCAGAAAAUAACAUCUAGGGGCUACCUAAGCUCAGGCAAACCCACUGCAAGAAAGUUGUAUCCUGGUUCUUAGGGAAAAAGGAAGGGUGAUCUAAAAAAAUGCCAAUGACCAGUGAAUAAGACAUACAGUCUUACCUUGGAAGUCAAAUGGAAUCCGUUCUGGAAGUCCGUUCAACUUCCUAAACUUUUGGAAACCAAAGCGCAGCUUCUGAUUGGCUGCAGGAAGCUCCUGCAGCCAAUCGGAAUCCGUGGAAGCCCCGUUGGAUGUUCAGGUUCGAAAGAACGUUUGCAAACCGGAACCAAAACGUUUGACUCCCAAGGUGUUCGGGAUCCAAGGUACGACUCUAUGUUUAAAACAAGGCUGCCUGUGGAAGAACCAUCCUGAUCUCUUCUCUUCUCCCUUUAGCAUCUACAUUGGCAGCUCUGGGACUUUUGGCCUCUUCCCCAACAACCGCCUCAAGCGGAGGCCGAGCCAUUAUGAACAGGACAUCACAGAGGGUGAGUGGCUGUGGGGUAAACCUGUGGGGUAAACCUUCCAUGUAGUGGGGUAAACCUUCCAUGGACUAGAAAGCAUAGGCAGAAUUGCCCAUUUUACAGGAUUGGGGACUGAGGCUGCGCAGAAGUGUCUUUCUCAGGAAGGCUGGCAUGCUCAGCAGAAGAGGAAUGUGCCCCCAAGUUGAUGCCCCUUUCGUGAAUGCAUUUUAUCCACCCACUUACCCUUCUCUGCUUAUUUGCCCAGGUCAUCAGCCCCAGAAGGUGGCACGCCGGGUCUUCACCAACAGCAGGGAGCGCUGGCGGCAGCAGAACGUCAACGGCGCCUUCGCUGAGUUGCGGAAGCUCAUCCCCACCCACCCGCCCGACAAGAAGUUGAGCAAGAACGAGAUCCUACGCCUGGCCAUGCGAUAUAUCAACUUCCUGGUCAAGUUGCUGAGCGACCAGGCCAGGUCAGCUGGCGGGGAGCCUCCUGAAUCAGAAACGCCUUGCAAUGGCACCCCAAGGACUCCCUCGCCACCCACAGCACCCAUAAAAAUGGAGCAAGGGACCGUGGAGCCAGUGACUGUGCUGGGGGCAGGAGAGCCGCGGUGAUGAAGAGCUCUCUGCCCAAAUGUGUGCGGCCGUUGCUUCUCUCCCUCCACACGCUCAAACAGUGCCACACAGCCACAUGUGUAGACUGAAGCAGCAUUGAAGCACCUGGACCGAAUCUCCCUUCUGGGCACUGCAUGGAGGACUUGUGAUGUGGAGGCUGCUAUGACCUUCUAAGGACGAAUGUUUAGAUUUCAGGGUCCAUGAAACAGUCCCCUUUGAGCAGGACAUCCCGCCAUGCCCACCUGGUGGCAUAAAAAGCAGAGACUUCUUUCUGAGGAGGAAUUAGGAGCGGGGCUUUUUAUGUUCAUGUAUCCAGCUUGGCUUGUUUCCAGAAUGACCCAUGAGAAGGGGUGGGGUGGGGAAGCAGCAGGCAGCCUGGUUUGUAUGAGACAUAACUCUCCUGCCCCCAUCUCCAGUGAAGUGGGUCCCCUGGGUGGGCGAGGGGGACUGUCUUCUGUGUUUUACCUCUGGUCAAUGUGCAUCACUGCCAAAUCCUCAAGCCCAAGCAUCUAUUUUGUGCAGGGUCUUUAAAUCGAAAUAUGAGCCCGGACAAAGGAACGGGAAUAAAAUCAGGGUUAAGGGGUUGCUCUUGGCAUUGGAACGUGGGGGGGGGGGGCGAACAGCCCUCAGCUCACAGGCUCCGCCUUUCUGUUGGGAAAACCCUUCAUCACAGGGCACAGGCUCAACUCCCUCUGUAAAAGCCAACAAGAGAUGGGGGGGAAGUGGCAGGGGGGAAGGUAUUGAGUAAAUAAAUGGGUGGAAGAGAACGGGUUAGGCAGUCCCUCUUUCCCUGCCAAUCGUCUGCUCACGACUGCAGCCCCUUGUGGUUUUUCAUUAAAAAAAGAAAAAAAGCUGGAAGACUAUUAUAUGCAUCUGAUAUGUCACGUCUGAUUUGACCCUUACUAGCUCACGCUGGGUGGAAUUCAACAAAAUUUAACUCGGAGUAAAUCUUCGCUGACUGCCAGCCUCUGGAUUGUGGGCAGGGGUUCAAAGCACUGGAAUGGGGAGGCGAAAUCCUUCAGAAAGAAAACAAGGAAAAGGCUGGGCUAGCACUCUCCUCCCUGACAUCCUUAUAGGGAUCUUUUCCUUGUUACUGCGUUACCUGCCGUCCGCACGUGAUACACCUCACCGUCAGAGAGAACCAGGCCUAUUGAUGCUUCUUUCUUCAGCUCACAGCCAUAAUUUUAGCGGCCUCAGUGGGCUGCAAGAGGAAUUACCCAAGUCUGGGGUUUGAGGGGCUUUGGGUGGGCGUGUUGGGACAGACGGGCAUUGCCGCAGCGACUGCUGUGUCACUGCUGGUGGGCCGGUGCCUAGCUUGCGGUGGUUGGGCUGUUGAUGGGAGCCCCACAGCUUCAGGAACUGCUCCCCUUCCUGGAAAUGGAAGGGCGGUUUGUGCUGAGUCAGUGUCCAAACCUGCCCAACACUUUCUGGGCCUCCUGCCAAAACCAAACGUGCCAGCAGGGGCAGAUCCAGGAGGGUGGAAGGUCCUCCUAGGCUGCUGGGUUUUAUUGCGCAAAGGAGGUUGGAGAAGAAGAAGAAGAAGAAGAAGAAGAAGAAGAAGAAGAAGAAGAAGAGCAGCCUUCUGGAUGGGGGAGGGAGCGAGCGAAAGAAGGAAGGACAGAGAAGUAUGGCGACAGCUACUGCUUAUCUGAAUGCACCAGCACCCAGUGGAUCGCCAGAUUAAUGGGCCAAGGGGAUGGCUGUUUUUCACAGCCAUCCCUGCAGGGUGAGCUCUUCCCCCAUUGGAUGUUUCAAAUGGCCAGUGCAGCAGGGGUGCCCUGGGCUAGGAGAUCCAUCCAUGUUAAGGCCAGGAGAUAUUUAUGACCUGGAGCGUUCAUGCUCUGUCCCAAGAAGAGAGAAAUGUUACAGCUGAAAUCAUCCCACAAUUAGAC